UCCAUCCACCUCUAUCUCACUCUCUCUCUUUUUUCUCUCUGCUCUCCUUUCUCAAAAAAGCCAUGACGGCGAUCCCGCGAUCCAUCUUCGCCUCCGCGCCAUCUUUAUAUUAUUUCUAAUUUAUUUUUAUUUUUUUUCCUCCCCUUGCCCCUCCGCCUCCUCUUCUCGUGGAUGUCAGAGGCGUUGGAUGAAGAUAUUUUUUUUCCUGCCCCACCGGAGUCUCCUCUCUAACCCUGGCUCUCCCCGAUGUGAUCCGCGCUGAACGCCGCCGCCGCCAGCCACCAUGUCUCGCCGCAAGCAAGGCAAACCCCAGCACUUAAGCAAACGGGAUUUUUCGCCAGCUGAGCCCCUCUCCACGGCUGUUGUCUCGUCGGAGGAGCUGUCGGAGCGCUGCUCGGAGAACUCGGAGGAGAGUGGCAGCCUCAACGGGCACCACCCGGGCUCGAACGUGAGCCGGCUGGCCCGGCUGGGUCAUGACGCUCACCCGUCUCUGGAGCAGGACCUGCUGACCUGCGGCCAGUGCCAGGCCACUUUCCCCCUGGCGGACAUCUUGCUCUUCAUUGAGCACAAGAGGAAGCGAUGCCACGGUCCGCCCUGCCUCACUGUGGGCAGGGGGCUGGACAAGCCCCCCUCACCCUCCCCUGGCUUGGCCCUCACUCCUUCGCCUGCAAUGGGCUCCCUGCGCAGCCGGAGGCUGGAAGUGGGUGUCCAGGCCACACUGGCAGACGAAGAUGAAGACCGGUUCUCAUCACCCCGGGGCAUUUGCCCCAAACAGGAGCCCCUCCCAGGUAAGGAGGAGCCUACCACUUAUACCUGCACUACAUGUAAGCAGUCUUAUGGCAGCGCCUGGUUCUUGCUGCAGCAUGCUCAGAACACCCACGGCUUCCGUAUCUACCUGGAAAGUGAACAUGGCAGUCCUCUGACCCCACGCAUGGGUGGCCCUUCCUCCCUUGGCGGAGGCGCAGACUGCCCUUCUCAGCCUCCACUUCAUGGCCUUCAUCUGCCUCCUGAUGCAAGCCCCUUCAACCUCCUGCGCAUCCCUGGCUCGGGCUCAGGUGGAAGGGACAGUGUUGGAGCAGGAGGUGGCAUUGGCACUGGCGCUGUUGGUGGUGGCCAUCAUCAGCGUUUCCCCCCAACACCACCCCUCUUCAGCCCCCCUCCAAGGAACCACCUGGACCCCCACCACCUGAGCCCAGAGGAGCUGGCGCUGGCAGCCCACCACCCGAGUGCCUUUGACAGGGUGCUGCGCCUCAAUCCUCCUCUGCCUCUAGAUCCCCCUCCAACAAUGGACUUCUCAAGGCGGCUUCGGGAACUGGCGGGCAACACCUCAGGGUCCACUCCCCCGCUGUCCCCAAGCCGGCCAAGCCCCAUGCAACGCUUACUCCAGCCAUUCCAGACAGGAGGAGGAAGUGGAGGCACAGGAGGUGCAGGGGGCAGCAAACCUCCAUAUCUUGCUACUCCACCGCCUCUUCCAGGUUCCAUGCAGUCACCUGUGGGCUCUCAGACCACGCCCACUACCCCUCUCCCCUCAGCAGGGGCUACACCCUCCUCUACCACCCAGUUGAAAUCAAAGUGUUGUGAAUUUUGUGGCAAGGCCUUCAAGUUUCAGAGUAAUCUCAUCGUGCACCGGCGUAGCCACACAGGAGAGAAGCCGUACAAAUGCCACUUAUGUGAUCAUGCGUGCACACAGGCUAGCAAACUGAAACGCCACAUGAAGACACACAUGCAUAAAUCGUCCUCACCAAAUACAGGCAAGUCAGAAGACGGGCUUUCUACAGCCUCAUCCCCGGAGCCUGGAACUAGUGAGCAUGUGGGCAGCGCAAGCAAUGCCCUCAAGUCAGUGGUGGCCAAGCUGAAAAGUGAGAAUGACCGUAUGCUACGUGAAAAUGGAGAGGAGGAGGAGGAGGAAGAGGAGGAGGAGGAAGAAGAGGAGGAGGAGGAAGAAGAAGAGGAGGAGGAAGAGGAGGGGGAGGAGGAGGAAGAGCAGAAUGGAGAGAGGGUAGCAAGACGAAACAAUAACAGCUAUCACUUUGGCUUGAACCUUGAAACGGCACGUCAGCAUGAAAACAACGGCAGCAUCGGAAGUCGACUGGGAGGAGUGGCCGAUGAGGGCUCGAUCCCUCGUUCGCUGCCUGAGGUGAUGCAGGGAAUGGGUCUUGCUGCGAGCAUGCAGCACUUCAGUGAAGCCCUAAAUGCACACAAACGAAAUGCCAUGGCCCAAGAGAACCACCUGCACCACCACCUCAACCGAGACCAUCACCACAAUCGUGAGAUAUGCGAUGGAGACUCAGUGCUGGAAACCGAUCGUGGGGAGGAGGGCUCAGUCUCAACGGUCAACGGUCGAGGAGCAUCACCUAAUGAAUCCGCCUCCGUCGGCCUCUCCAAGAAACUGCUUCUAGGUAGUCCCAGUCCACUCAGUCCUUUCUCUAAACGUAUCAAGCUGGAAAAGGAGUUUGACCUGCCCACUUCUACAAUCCCUAACACUGAGAAUGUCUACUCUCAGUGGCUGGCUGGCUAUGCUGCCUCCCGACAACUCAAGGACCCUUUUCUGAACUUUGGGGAUUCCAGACAAUCGCCCUUUGCAUCCUCAUCGGAGCAUUCUUCAGAGAACGGCAGCCUGCGUUUCUCAACCCCUCCGGGGGAAUUGGAUGGUGGGAUGUCAGGCCGUAGUGGUACAGGCAGUGGGGGCAGCACACCACACCUCGGUGGUCCUGGGCGCCCCAGCUCCAAGGACGGCCGCAGGAGUGAUACUUGUGAGUUUUGUGGCAAAGUGUUCAAGAACUGCAGUAACCUGACAGUGCACAGGCGCAGCCACACAGGGGAAAGACCGUACAAGUGUGAGCUGUGCAAUUAUGCAUGUGCCCAGAGCUCCAAACUUACUCGCCACAUGAAGACCCAUGGUCAGGUGGGCAAAGACGUGUACAAGUGUGAAAUUUGUCAGAUGCCCUUCAGUGUCUACAGCACCUUGGAGAAACACAUGAAAAAAUGGCACAGUGACCGUCCUUUGAGUACCGAAAUUAAGUCAGAGUAGAAGGCCGAACAAUGGGACCUUUUCCCCGCAGUUAUGUCCACCAUCAGUCCCCGGUUUAUUCCCUGCCCCUUGUAGAUUUGCCCCAAUCCCAACACACCACUUUUGCCAAUCUGGCAGAAGUUUAAGACCAUGUGCUUUGCACCAGCACACCCUGUUUCCAUUACUCAUUGAAUGCAUGAUCUGUAUCGGGGCAAUACUCUUGCAUUGACGCAAAACUUCGAGCCUUUCUCUUGUGCAAUAAUUUACAUGUUGUGUACUAUUUUCUUUUAUGAGUUUUCCUUUUCCAUUUUUAAGAAUUAGUCAGCAUGCAUAGUAUGUUUUUGCUAAUCAAAGAAAAAAAAAAAAGAAAAGAACUUGUCCCUGGUUGGUUAGUUGUUGAGUAAAUGUGUUGCUGUUUUUCUCUUGUUCAGUUUUUUUCUUUUUAUUCUUCAAAAAGAGAAAAGACAAGAAAGAUACAUCCAUGCUGCAUACAUUCUGUAACACAUAUCAUGUACAGUUCUGUUUUGUAACAUGGAAAGUGAACAUUCUUUGACUUGAUCCAUUUCUUACAACCCUGGAAAUGCACUUAUCCUGAUCUUUCUAAAAGAUACCAUGUUCAGACAGGGUUUAAAAAAACCCAACAUGCAUUGGCUUGAGGACUAAACUGUAAGUGGGCCUUGAAAUUUCUUUAAAAAAGACAAGGGUGUGCUAGAAUUCAAUUUGUACUAUCAUUCGGUAGAAUAAGAAAGAGUGCCUUUGAUAUCUUUAGACUGCAUCGGCCAUAACCUUAUCUGGCAUAAGUUUGGGGUCACAUAAGCCACCCAGCGAAGGUCCUUGCAUCAAGCACCUGACUGCUCAAAUGGACUGUGAUGAUUCAUGAUGAAAGAUCAGCGAGUUCUCUUUAAUCAUCAUUUAGCUACCUAUUACAUGUUCAAUAGGCUAUCUUUAAUAUGUGGAUUUCAUGGCAAGCAUGGUACAAGCAGUAUUGUGUAUAUCUGAAUUAUUUGUAGUUUUGUUUUUUGGUGAGGAGGUACUUUUAAAACAAAGGUAACCUGUAGUGUACAAUCCUGAAUUUGAGGGAUACAACGCAUGGCUGAGAAGUGUCAUGUAUCUGCGUUAGCACAAACCUACAACGCUGCUUCAAUACGUCAGUGUGUGGAACAAUGCAUAAAGUAAUAUAUGAGCUCCAAAUGAGGCUAACUUUAUUUGAGAGCAUUGAAAUAACUACAAGCUAGACAGACAGAAAGCUACACAGAACUGGAAGCUACAUAUUACGGGGAUUAGAGGCAAUGUCUUUCACUUUACAUUUCCAGUAUCAAAACAGGGUCAUAAGUAUUAUUGCAGAGAAAAAAAUAGAGAAUUGCAAAAAAAUCUAUCUGUACUCUAGGGCUCUUUCAAAAAAAUCAGAAUGAGAUCAUUUUAAUCAGUGUGUAUAGGCUAAUGCAGAGCAUUUUUGUUUGUUUGCUGUUGCUUUUUAACCCAAAGGCAGAUUUUCUUUUGUUGUUGUUGUUUCAUUCAAGCCGUUCACAGUUUUCACUUGUCACUCCACCUGGGGUACGUACUGACGUCUCUCGUGCAUUGUGCCACACCAAUGCAGGUUGAGUCUAAAAGCUAGAUUGUCAUUUAUAGGACAUAAAGUGCACUGUUUCCUUUUUUUCCUGUUUACAAGUUUACGUCAAAGGGGACGAAAACCUCACUGAAAUGCUGUCAGACAAUGAGGGUCCCAUUGUUCUGAACAGUAAAAGAUAAGACACAUAAUAUGUUGUAACUCCACCCUCAUGACCUCUGUACCCUUGCCAUUUCACCUUUGACCAUUUGUCAAAUUGUUACCCCUGGAAUCCCCAACAUUUAGCCUGGGCUGAUAUUUCAUUGUUGUCAGCAAGAUCUGUAAAUUCAAAGGUUCACAGCGAGAAACCGAUGCUCCUACACGGCCGUCAAAUGGACACAGUUUUCAUUCCUGCUGGCCACUGUAACAUCCACUUUUUUUCUUUCUUCUUUAUUUUAAAGGAGUUGUUGUUGUCGUCUGUACCUGAAUAAUCUAUAGACCUUACUGGCUUGUCAACUGACACUCCAAGUUGUGUUGCCCACACUGCAAGAAUCUGUUUUUUGUAUAAAUCUUCCUUUAAUUAUAGAUAUGAAAAUAAACUUUUGUUUUCAAAUAA